AUGUCAAUACCUCUGCUAUCUGGUAAACUUAAACGUCGAUAUGCAGAAGCAUCAAUGUGGAAGCAAUGUACGUGUGAACUAUAUCCUACAAAAUUGCUAAUUUUAUCAUUUGAUGGCAAGCAAGUAGAAAAAGAAAUCCCAAUUAACGGAUUAACUGAGAUUCAUUUUGAAGAAUCACCAGAUUCUAGAGUUUUUACAUUAGGAAUUGACAAAAAUGUCUGCAGUUUCCAGGUAGAGAAUAUAGAAAAGUUACAAGAAUGGAAAAAAAUGAUAAAAUACUUAACUUUCAAGAGAAAUAAGUACUCAAUCAAAGAUUUUGUUGUAGAAAAAGAACUUGGCGCGGGCUUUUUCGGGCAUGUUCUCCUAGUUAGGCACAAACAAACUAAAAAACUUUACGCAUUAAAGUGUUUGAGCAAGAAAUUCCUAAUCAAUGAAGAUCAAGAAGAUAGUGCGAAGACCGAACGAGAUGUUUUGAUUAUGGCAAGACACCCUUUUGUCGUUAAAAUUUGUUUUGCUUUCCAAGAUUCAUCACAACUUUACAUUGGACUAGAAUACAUCAGUGGUAGAUACCUUUUUAGACUUAUUCAAGAAGAAUAUAGCAUCACAUUACCGGAACUUCGAUUUUAUGUUGCAGAAAUUUCUUUAGGCCUUGAACAUUUGCAUUCUCAAGGAAUUAUUUACCGAGACUUAAAACUGGAAAACGUAUUAGUUUGUAAGAAUGGACAUAUCAAACUUUCAGAUUUCGGACUUGCGAAAAAAUUACUAAAUUACAAAGGAGAAUUAACUAAAACAGAUACAUUUUGUGGAAUAGAUGAAUACAUUGCCCCAGAAAUGAUACUUGGAAAACCAUAUGGCUUUGAACUCGACUGGUGGUGCCUUGGAAUUUUGAUGUAUGAACUUUGUUUCCAUGAAACACCAUUUGUUGGCAAAAAUGGAAAAGAGACAUAUGAUAGAAUUAUGAAAGAAGAACCUUAUUUCCCUGCUGCAAUGCCAGAAAUGCCGAAAAAUUUAAUUAAAUUAUUAUUAAAUAAAAAUCCGGCCAAAAGAGCCAACUUCGAAACAAUCAGAAAUCAUGAGAUGUUCAAAGGAGUUGAUUGGGAGAUGGUUCAACAGAAAAAGUAUGAUGCCAUUUAUCUUCCACCACAAACAAAGCUCAAACCUAAAAAAGCAAAGCCAUUGAAGUCGGAAAGGCGACUGACAAUGGUAAUGGAAAAUGAUGCAUUCGAGAAUUUUACUUUUUGUGGGGAAUUGUGA